AUGUCCAGGACAUUCCCUCGGUUUGAUGAUGAUUUUGGAGCAAAUAACACUCUUAGUGACGAGAUUCCUCUAGACCCUCCAGGCAAUAUGCCAGAAAACCCCAACAUUGAAAAUCCAUCAGAUGGAGCACAUGAUCCGCCAGAAAUAAUGCGAGAAGCUCCACGGGAGGGGCCUGACCACUUUACAGAUUCAGUUUUUGGAAAUGAUGACCCCAUGGUGGACCAGGAUUCUUCACCAUUUGUGCAGAACAAGGUCAUCACCCCUCCAUCAAUGGAUGGAACUUUUUCCACUGGUCAACAAUUAGCUGGGAUAUACGUACCCUUACAAACUCCUAACACAUGUGAUCUUAUUGAUGAUGUCAGGCCCCUAAAUUCUGACAACCAGUUACCUGAAUUGCGUCUUGAACCAUCACCACCUCUGCCUCAAGCACAAGAUAACAAGAGAAAGAGAGAGAUGAUAUUUGACUAUGAAAUACAGCUGGACAACGCCUAUUUGAAGGAACAGAUUGCUGGUCCAACAGAUAAGUUACUCUGCAAGAGAAGAAAGAUACCACAAACAGCCCUGGAUAUGUGGAAAUUCAGCAGAACUGGCAGAAAGGACAGCAGCUUUUUGCUUGAACCCUUGGUGCAAGGUAAGCUGGUAUAUUUGAUUUCAGGGGUUUCUGCUGUCUUCACUUCUCAGAAAGACCAUGAUGUACACAUACCCCGAAUUCACUGCUUUUCAGGGAUGUGCACUUACUUACAUGUAACCUAUGAUAGAAACUUUCCCCGUGUGAGUGACCCUGAUGCUGAGCCUAACUCUAGUGAACCCACGGCUGAUUAUGGUGGUAGUUGCAAUGCUCCUUCUGAAAGAAAGCUCACUCCGAUGUCUCAUGAAAAUGAGGAUACCCUGCCUGAAGGUGAUUUAACCCCAAAAUCUCUGGAAAAUUCAGAUGAACAGCCUGGACCCCAGCUCACCCCCAAGUCACCUGGAGAAGCAGGAGUAGCACAAGAUGAAGAUACAUUGCCUGAGUUACCUCGAUUCUCCCCAGUGGAUAUGCCAUCCCCAUUAAGAGAAGAUGAUUCUCCUUUCAAAACUGUCCGUCGAACUCCACAUUCUGGGCUAGGAGGAACUGGUGUUACUGAAAUGCCACAAUCUGUCAGGACCAAUUCAUUACCUGGACAAAGUACUACCCACUCUGAUCAUAUGGCGUCCCCGUUUCCAGUCAAUGAUGAUUAUGAUGAUCAGCCAGAGCUUCCAGGGCUCAUAAGUACUCCUGGUUGCAUAUCUAAUGCAGAUACUGGAACCACAGGAUUAGGAAGCAUGUCUACUAGGACAAGAGCUGUUGCAGUGUUCUUCAAGGACCAUGUAUCUUCAACCCCUUCUGAUGAGCAGCCUGGAAAAUUUAGUUUGACCAGAAUCUUGGAAGGGAAAGUAAGAAAGCAAGCUGCACGGAUGUUCUUUGAGACAAUGGUUCUGAAGAGUUAUGACUACAUUGAUGUCCAACAAGAAGACCCUUAUGGUGAUAUUGAAAUCUCAGUUAGACCUUCACUUGCAGAAGCUAAACUUUAACUUAGAUAUUCAAAAUUUUAGUGGGAAUGACAUAAGACAUGUAGUUUCAUCUAUGAGUAGAGAGUAGAAAUGACAUUCAGUAGUUACCUGAACAAUGGAUGCUAUGAUGAGUAGCUGGUGAA